UGUGCGGAAGCGACUGCGAGCGUGGUGACCGACUGGAGGGAGCGAUGCAGACUGAGUCCAAGAUUCGCGCUGAGUAUGGAACAGAUUCCGGCCCUCGGGGUCCCGGCUGCAGCCUCCGGCACUUUGCUUGCGAACAGAACUUGCUGUCCCGGCCGGAUGGGUCUGCCUCAUUCCUGCAAGGGGAUACCUCCGUCCUGGCAGGCGUGUACGGGCCGGCCGAGGUGAAGGUCAGCAAAGAGAUCUUCAACAAGGCCACACUGGAAGUGAUCCUGAGGCCGAAGAUCGGGCUGCCUGGUGUAGCUGAGAAGAGCCGGGAGCGGCUGAUCAGGAACACGUGCGAAGCAGUGGUGUUAGGGGCGCUGCACCCCCGCACCUCCAUCACCAUCGUGCUGCAGGUCAUCAGCGAUGCUGGCUCUCUCCUGGCCUGUUGCCUGAAUGCCGCCUGCAUGGCAUUGGUAGAUGCAGGUGUGCCCAUGCGGGCCCUCUUCUGUGGGAUCACCUGUGUCCUGGACUCAGAUGGGACCCUCGUGCUGGACCCCACAGCCAAGCAAGAAAAGGAGGCCCGGGCAGUCCUGACCUUUGCGCUUGACAGCGUGGACCAGAAGCUGCUCAUGUCCACCACCAAGGGGCUCUACUCCGAUGCUGAGCUCCAGCAGUGCCUGGCCGCAGCCCAGGCUGCCUCGCAACACGUCUUCCACUUCUACCGGGAAUCGCUGCAGAGGCGGUACUCCAAGAGCUGAGGGGCUGGGGGACGCCCCCCUGCUGCCACCACCCGCUACCGCGGUGCGAAAUAAACCAGCGGCCCAGCCUGGCCUCUCUGUCCUUGUGUGCCCAGGGAGCUGCAGGACCCCUGACCUGACCACCUGAGAGCCUGGACUGCGGGCCUUGGGUUGGGGGGCACAGACACCCCACGCCCACUGGGAAAACACUUCUAGGAUUGCACAUUUAUUGAAUGAAUUCAUUUAGUCUAACAUAUCUGUUGAGCACCCACUUGUGCAGGCCCUGAGAGGUGCUGAGGACCCAGCAGUGAACAAGAAACCCAGGUCCCAGGUUCAAGGAGCAGUGGGGUGAUGGGCAAAUAAAACUGGUGUUUGUCAGAUGAUGGUAAAUGCUGUGACCAAAAAAAAAGCAGGAAAGGGAGGUUGGGGCAGGUUUGUUUGGGGAAGGCAAAUGUAAUACAUCAGUUAGGGACACCUUCGCAGAGAGGGGGACAUCUGAGGGAAGCAGGAGGAGACCAGGCAGUGAGGUCACGGACAGGCCGGGGGACGAGCCCCAGAAGGAGACCUGCGGAGGGGGAGGACCAGCGAGGCAGCAGUGUGGCUGAGCUGAGCGCGGGAGGGCAGGAGAAAGAUGGCCCAGGAGAGAAGGUGGGCUCGGAGCGGGACCUGUCUCAGCCCAACAACCCAGUGAGGUGGGGCUGUUACCGCCCACAUUUCAAAAUAAAGAAACAAGCUCAGAAGCCAGUUAGUGCCAGAGGUCCCCAGCUGGUCAGCAGUGGAGCCUGGGCCGCACUCAGCCCAGCCCCAGGCCCACGCUCUGGACCGCCGUCCCCAUCUGUGCAUGGAAGUGACAGGCCCGAUGGUUACCAGGGCUGGUAGCGCCCCCUAGGGGGCAUUUGGAAAUACAAGGGGACUUUUUCAGUUGCCAUUGACUGCUCCCCUGCCCUUUUAUUUAGUGGGCAGGAGCCAAGAAUGUGUGAGCAUCAACCAAGGAAUAACUUCCACAACUGGGCCACAUGGUCGCCGGAUCCCGUCAGCUGCCGGUGUUUGGGGGUUUGUGAUGGGCCCUGUGCUGCGUGCCUCACGUGCCCGAACCAGCUCACAGUUCCACAGCUGCCCCUUUGGGUGGUAUCGCUUUCAGCCCAGGAACGGGGGAAAUGCAUAAAUAGAUUUCGCUUGCAA